GGAGCGAACACGCGGUUCCGUGCUCGCGUUUCAUUCUGUCGGCGGAGGCCUUUAAACUACGCCCACACCGUUGCGCCCCGUUUUCAACACACCCCGAACCCACGGGACGCCUGCCGAACGAACGAACGAACGCAACCCGCCGCACGAUAUCUUCAACCGCAUCUCAUACGGGUCAUGACGCUGGAAGCGAUCCGGUACCGGUCCGGGUCUCUGCAGAUCCUCAACCAGCUGCUGCUGCCGCACGAGACCGUGUACGAGGAGGUCCGGUCGGUGCGGGACGGAUAUGAGGCCAUCAAGAGUAUGAAGGUGCGAGGUGCUCCCGCUAUCGCCAUCGUGGGGUGCUUGAGCCUGGCAGUGGAACUGCGGGCGGGCGCCGGAGGUGACGACCUCGUUUCCUUUAUCAGGGACUCUCUGUGCCACCUGACGUCCGCGCGGCCCACGGCGGUCAACAUGGGCCGAGCUGCACGCGAGCUGAUGGAGUUUACGGAGAACGAGAGCAUGGAGAAGAACACAGAACAACUGAGAGACAGUGUGAUUGGCUGGAUUGAGGAGAUGCUGGAGCGAGACGUGAACGACAACAAAAAAAUCGGCAACUACGGCGCGCAGCACAUUUUGUCUGGAGUUCCACGAGACUCCGUCACAAUCCUUACCCACUGCAACACCGGGAGUCUCGCCACAGCGGGAUAUGGCACAGCUCUCGGAGUGGUACGGUCAUUGCACUCACUUGGCCGUUUGAAGCGUUUGUACUGCACGGAGACGAGGCCAUACAACCAGGGGGCCAGGCUGACAGCGUACGAGGCCGUCGCCGAGGGAUUCCCGGCCACCCUCAUCACAGACAGCAUGGCUGCGCUCGCCAUGAGGGAAAAAGGAAUCACAGCUGUUGUUGUCGGAGCAGACAGGGUCGUCGCCAACGGCGACACUGCGAACAAAGUGGGAACAUAUCAGUUGGCCAUAGCCGCAAAGCAUCAUGGGGUACCGUUCUAUGUGGCGGCACCCAGCACAUCCUGCGAUUUGAGUUUGGAAAGUGGCCGUGACAUCGUGAUCGAGGAACGUCCACCUGAGGAACUCACAAGCAUCGGUGGAGUUCCCGUAGCAGCACCCGGUAUCGAUGUUUGGAACCCGGCAUUUGACGUAACCCCUCACCAGCUGAUCACAGGCGGCAUCAUCACCGAGCUCGGCGUGUUCCUGCCGUCUGAACUCCAGGCUGCUCUCACGGGCAGACUCACCGCCCUGUAAGGCCACAGCGCCCCCGAAGGCAAGGGUGUAUUACCGCACCUCAAGCACCACUCAGCUCUCUCAUCUCUCUUGUAAUGUUUUCACCUUGUUCUGGUGGAAGCGGCACCUUUAAUUACACACACAAAAGCGUCAGCACCAUGGCGUUAACAAGGUACACUCACGUUUUAUUCAAUUUAACACUUACGACGUCAAGUGGAAUAACGCAGUGUUACACAAAAGUACAACCCAGGGAUGCUUGUAAACACACACACACAAACACUUGCACACACACACACAAUCGCCUCUCUUGUCUGUACAGGUCAUGCUGCAUCAUCUCAUGUUUUUGUCUGAAAUGUUGUGAAACCUCAUUCCUUUGUCAGGGUUUUUAUCACUCGCACUCCCUUUCCACAAUUCGGUUUUAGCUCCCUAAAGUGUAUCAAGGUGAAAGCAUAUCGGAGACAUUUCCAGGUUGUAUUUUAACUAAAAUGGAAAGGCAAGAAUUAUAAAUUAUAUUUGAAAUUUUGUUUUGAUUGUUAGAGAAUAAUUGUAUUAUCUUAAUUGUUAUAUAUGUAUAUCUGCUAGUGGGGUCUGAAACUACAUAAGUCAAGUUUUGACUUCAGUUCAAGAAACAUUUUCAUUUUCUUAUUUGAAGCAUAAUCCUAUAUAUUAUGUAGAAUUUGCUUCAUUUAAUUAUUUUUUUAAUAUUAGUACUGACAAACGAAAAUGUUAUUCUUCCAGUGUGAAUAUUUUGCAGUACCAACAGAUCCAAAAAAAAGCUAAAUUUACUUUUUGUAAAAUAUAAUUUCCUUUCUUCCGAUUUAGUGUUUAAUGUGACCUCUGCAUGUUUCUGUAGGAUUCACUUUUCGCAAAAAUGGUAAAUGGGGACGACCAUUAAACAGAUUAACUAAAACGAU